GCGGGGAGUGGGCGGGCGCCCGUUCCCCCCUCCCGCCGCCACUCGGGCUCCGGGAGGAGGAGGAGGAGGAGCGGCUGCGAGCUGGGCUCUGGGCACCUCACCCGGGCGGGCAGCGCGGCGGCAGGGAGCGCGGCACGCCGGGGCACCGCACCGUCCGCAAUUGCGCCGCAGCCCGGGGCCAUAGCUGCUCUUUAUGGCAUGUGGCUGGUAACUUUUUUCCUGCUGUACUCUUUGCGGAAAGCACAUGCUGAAGAUGUUGGAACCAGCCUCUACUUUGUGAACGACUCUAUCCAGCAGGUCACCUUCUCCAGCACAGUGGGGGUGGUGAUCCCCUGCCCGGCAGCAGGGUCACCCAGCGCCGUCCUUCGGUGGUACCUGGCCACGGGCGACGACAUCUACGAUGUGCCCCACAUCCGGCAUGUCCAUGCCAAUGGGACUUUGCAGCUCUACCCCUUCUCGCCAUCAGCCUUCAAUAGCUUUAUCCACGACAACGACUACUUCUGCACCGCGGAGAACUCGGCUGGCAAAAUCAGGAGCCCGAAUAUCCGUGUUAAAGCAGUUUUCAGGGAACCGUACACUGUUCGGGUGGAGGACCAAAGGUCGAUGCGUGGAAACGUGGCUGUUUUCAAGUGCCUCAUCCCCUCUUCAGUGCAGGAAUACGUUAGCGUUGUGUCCUGGGAGAAAGACACCGUUUCUAUCAUCCCAGAAAAUAGGUUUUUUAUUACUUCUUACGGAGGUUUGUACAUAUCGGACGUGCAGAAGGAAGAUGCCUUGUCCACCUACAGGUGUAUCACCAAGCACAAGUACAGCGGGGAGACGCGGCAGAGCAACGGAGCCCGGCUCUCGGUCUCAGACCCGGCGGAGUCCAUCCCCACCAUGCUAGACAGCUUCCAGUCGCGGGAGGUGCGGACGGGCCGGCCGGUGGAGCUGCCCUGCAUCGCCUCGGGCUACCCCAACCCAGCUGUGCGCUGGAUCAAGGACGGGCGCCCGCUCCCCGCCGACAGCCGCUGGAGCAAGCGCAUCACGGGCCUGACCAUCAGCGACCUGCGCGUGGAGGACAGCGGGACCUACAUCUGCGAGGUCACCAACACCUUCGGCUCCGCAGAGGUCACGGGGACCCUCACGGUCAUAGACCCUCUGCGUGUGACCCUCACACCAAAGAAGCUCAAAACGGGCAUCGGCAGCACCGUCAUCCUCUCUUGUGCCCUCAGCGGGUCCCCCGAGUAUGUCAUCCGCUGGUACCGCAACACGGACCUGGUGGCGGUGGAUGACUACAUCUCUAUCCGUGGCAUCAGCAACGAGACCCUCCUCAUCACGGCCGCCCAGAAGAGCCACUCAGGCGCCUACCAGUGCUUUGCCACCCGCAAGUCCCAGACGGCACAGGACUUCUCCAUCAUCACGCUGGAGGAUGGGACCCCCCGCAUCGUCUCCUCCUUCAGCGAGAAGGUGGUCAACCCCGGGGAGCAGUUCUCCCUGAUGUGUGCCGCCAAGGGGGCCCCCCCGCCGACCGUCACCUGGGCGCUGGACGAUGAGCCCAUCGCGCGGGACAGCGGGCACCGCACCAACCAGUACACCAUGUCGGACGGCACCACUGUCAGCCACAUGAACGUCACGGGCCCGCAGAUCAAGGACGGCGGCGUCUACCGCUGCACGGCGCGGAACUCGGUGGGCAGCGCCGAAUACCAAGCGCGAAUAAACGUAAGAGGUCCCCCGAGCAUCCGAGCGAUGAAGAACAUAACGGCGGUAGCGGGUAGGGACACUUUCAUCAACUGCAGGGUGAUCGGGUACCCAUAUUACUCCAUCAAGUGGUACAAGGACUCUUUGCUGCUGCCCGAUAACCACCGCCAAGUGGUCUUUGAGAACGGGACUCUCAAGCUGAUGGAUGUGCAGAAAGGCAUGGACGAAGGGGAGUAUCUGUGCAGCGUGCUGAUCCAGCCCCAGCUCUCCAUCAGCCAGAGCGUCCACGUCACCGUGAAAGUCCCGCCGCUGAUCCAGCCCUUCGAGUUCCCACCAGCCUCCAUCGGGCAGCUCCUCUACAUCCCGUGUGUGGUGUCCUCCGGGGACAUGCCCAUCCACAUCACCUGGAGGAAGGACGGCCACGUCAUCCUUUCCGGCUCCGGGGUCACCAUCGAGAGCAAGGAGUUCAUGAGCUCCCUGCAGAUCUCCAGCGUCUCCCUCAAGCACAACGGCAACUACACCUGCAUCGCCAGCAACGACGCUGCCACGGUCAGCCGGGAGCGGCAGCUCAUCGUGCGGGUGCCUCCUCGUUUUGUGGUACAACCCAACAACCAAGAUGGCAUUUACGGCAAAGCCGGGGUGCUGAAUUGCUCCGUUGACGGGUACCCCCCUCCAAAAGUCAUGUGGAAACAUGCCAAAGGGAGCGGCAACCCCCAGCAGUACCACCCCAUCCCGCUGACGGGCCGCAUCCAGAUCCUGCCCAACAGCUCGCUGCUCAUCCGCCACGUGCUGGAGGAGGACAUCGGCUACUACCUCUGCCAGGCCAGCAACGGCGUGGGCACCGACAUCAGCAAGUCCAUGUUCCUCACCGUGAAGAUCCCGGCCAUGAUCACCUCCCACCCCAACACCACCAUCGCCAUCAAGGGACAGACCAAGGAGCUGAACUGCACGGCCCGGGGCGAGCGGCCCAUCAUCAUCCGCUGGGAGAAGGGGGACACCGUCAUCGACCCUGACCGCAACAUGCGCUACGCCAUCGCCACCAAGGACAACGGUGACGAGGUCAUCUCCACCCUCAAGCUGAAGCCAGCCGACCGCGGGGACUCGGUCUUCUUCUCCUGCCACGCCAUCAACUCCUAUGGCGAGGACAGAGGCUUGAUCCAGCUCACCGUCCAAGAGCCCCCGGACCCGCCAGAGCUGGAGAUCCGCGAGGUGAAAGCCCGAAGUAUGAAUUUGCGAUGGACGCAGCGGUUUGACGGCAACAGCAUCAUCACCGGGUUCGACAUCGAGUACAAGAACAAAUCAGAUUCCUGGGAUUUUAAGCAGUCUACGCGCAACAUCUCCCCGACCAUCAACCAGGCGAACAUCGUGGACCUGCACCCCGCCUCGGUGUACAGCAUCCGCAUGUACUCCUUCAACAAGAUCGGGCGCAGCGAGCCCAGCAAGGAGCUCACCAUCAGCACGGAGGAAGCAGCUCCCGACGGGCCUCCCGUGGAUGUCACCUUGCAGCCGAUGACAUCCCAGAGCAUCCAGGUCACCUGGAAGGCCCCCAAGAAGGAGCUGCAGAACGGGGUGAUCCGCGGCUACCAGAUCGGCUACCGGGAGAACAGCCCGGGCAGCAACGGGCAGUACAGCAUCGUGGAGAUGAAGGCCACGGGGGACAGCGAGGUCUACACGCUGGACAACCUGAAGAAGUUUGCGCAGUACGGGGUGGUGGUGCAGGCGUUCAACCGCGCGGGGACGGGACCCUCGUCCAGCGAGAUCAACGCCACCACGCUGGAGGACGUGCCCAGCCAGCCCCCCGAGAACGUGCGGGCCAUCUCCAUCACAUCGGACGUGGCCGUGAUCUCCUGGUCGGAGCCCCCGCGCAGCACCCUCAACGGGGUGCUCAAGGGGUACCGGGUCAUCUUCUGGUCCCUCUACAUGGACGGAGAGUGGGGCGAGAUGCAGAACAUCACAACGACGCGGGAGCGUGUGGAGCUGCGCGGCAUGGAGAAGUUCACCAACUACAGCGUGCAGGUGCUGGCGUACACCCAGGCGGGCGACGGUGUCCGCAGCAGCGUGCUCUACAUCCAGACCAAGGAGGACAUUCCAGGUCCUCCGGCCGGCAUCAAGGCUGUGCCCUCGUCCGCCAGCAGCGUGGUGGUGUCCUGGCUGCCGCCGGCCAAGCCCAACGGCAUCAUUCGGAAGUACACCAUCUUCUGCUCCAGCCCCGGCUCGGGGCAGCCGGCCCCCAGCGAGUACGAGACCAGCCCCGACCAGCUCUUCUACCGCAUCGCCCACCUGAGCCGCGGGCAGCAGUACCUGCUGUGGGUGGCUGCCGUCACCUCCGCCGGCCGCGGCAACAUCAGCGAGAAGGUCACCAUCGAGCCUGCCGGGAAAGCCCCUGCCAAGAUCAUCUCCUUUGGGGGCACCGUCACCACCCCCUGGAUGAAGGACGUGCGGCUGCCCUGCAACUCCGUGGGGGAGCCGGUCCCUGCCAUCAAGUGGACCAAGGACAGCGAGGACUCCGCCAUCCCGGUGACGGUGGACGGCCACCGGCUGAUCCAGCCCAACGGCACGCUGGUGCUGCGCUCAGUGAAAGCCGAGGACUCCGGCUACUACACCUGCACCGCCACCAACACCUGGGGCUUCGACACUAUCAUCAUCAACCUCCUGGUGCAAGUGCCCCCAGACCAGCCCCGCCUGACCGUCUCCAAGACCUCGGCAUCGUCCAUCACGCUGGCCUGGAUUCCCGGGGACAACGGGGGCAGCUCCAUCCGAGGCUUCGUGCUGCAGUACUCGGUGGACAACAGCGAGGAGUGGAAGGACGUGUUCAUCAGCUCCUCCGAGCGCUCCUUCAAGCUGGAGAGCCUCAAGUGCGGCACCUGGUACAAGGUGAAGCUGGCGGCCAAGAACAGCGUGGGGGCCGGCCGCAUCAGCGAGAUCAUCGAGGCCAAGACCCACGGCAGAGGUGAGCCCGUCGCGCCGUGUCCCGGCGGGACAUUGCCGUCCCCUGUCCCCGGCAGCCCUCCUGACGGCUGCCCUCCCGCAGAGCCCUCCUUCAGCAAGGACCAGCACCUCUUCACGCACAUCAACUCCACGCACGCGCGGCUGAACCUGCAGGGCUGGAGCAGCGGGGGCUGCCCCAUCACCGCCAUCGUCCUGGAGUACCGGCCCAAGGGCAACUGGCUGUGGCAGAGCCUGCGCACCAACAGCUCCGGCGAGGUGUUCCUCACCGAGCUGCGCGAGGCCACCUGGUACGAGCUGCGCAUGAAGGCCUGCAACAGCGCGGGCUGCGGCAACGAGACCACGCAGUUUGCCACGCUGGACUACGACGGCAGCACCAUCCCCCCCAUCAAAUCCGCGCAGGGGGAGGGGGACGACGUGAAGAAGCUCUUCACCAUCGCCUGCCCCAUCAUCCUGGCCACGCUGGGGGUGGCGCUGCUCUUCGUCAUCCGCAAGAAGAGGAAGGAGAAGCGGCUGAAGAGGCUGCGGGACGCCAAGAGUCUGGCUGAAAUGCUGAUCAGCAAGAAUAACCGCAGCUUUGACACGCCGGUGAAGGGGCCCCCGCAGGGCCCCCGCCUGCACAUCGACAUCCCACGGGUCCAGCUCCUCAUCGAGGACAAGGAGGGCAUCAAGCAGCUGGGGGAUGACAAAGCCACCAUCCCAGUGACCGACACGGAGUUCAGUCAGGCGGUGAACCCCCAGAGCUUCUGCACGGGCGUCUCGCUGCAUCACCCCGCUCUGAUCCAGAACACAGGGCCCCUCAUCGACAUGUCGGACAUCCGCCCUGGCACCAACCCGGUGUCCAGGAAGAGCGUGAAGUCUGCGCACAGCACCCGCAACCGGUACUCCAGCCAGUGGACCCUCACCAAGUGCCAGGCGUCCACCCCCGCCCGGACCCUCACCUCCGACUGGAGGACAGUGGGGUCCCAGCACGGCAUCACGGUCACCGAGAGUGACAGCUACAGCGCCAGCCUCUCUCAGGACACAGACAAGGGCCGGAACAGCAUGGUGUCGACGGAGAGCGCCUCGUCCACCUACGAGGAGCUGGCUCGCGCCUACGAGCACGCCAAGCUGGAGGAGCAGCUGCAGCACGCCAAGUUCGAGAUCACGGAGUGCUUCAUCUCCGACAGCUCCUCCGACCAGAUGACCACCGGCACCACCGACAACGCCGACAGCAUGACCUCCAUGAGCACUCCCUCGGAGCCGGGCAUCUGCCGCUUCACCGCUUCCCCCCCCAAGCCCCAGGACAGCGAGCGCGGCAAGAGCGUGGCCGUCCCCAUCCCGCACCGCGCCAGCAAGAGCGACUACUGCAACCUGCCGCUGUACGCCAAGGCCGAGGCGUUCUUCCGCAAGGCGGAGGCAGCGGCGCCCUGCCCGGUGGUGCCGCCCCGCGACUCCGCCCGCGGCCCCGCCCGCGCCUACCACCCCCCCGGCCGCCACCUGACCCUGGAGCCCGGCCACAAGCCCCCCGGGCUGCCGCCCCCGGCCCCCGCCGCAACCACCUUACCUCAGCGGACUCUGCCCAUGCCCGGCACGACGGGGGCCGCGCCCGCCGCCAGCGCCGCCCCACCGCCCCCCGCCGGCGCCGAGCCCCCCGCCAGCGCCGCCAAGGUGGGGGGCUCCAGGGACUCGCUCCUAGAGAUGAGCACGUCGGGGGGCGGCCGGCCCCAGAAGCCAGGCGCCGGAGCCUACUCCAAGUCCUACACGCUGGUGUAGGGCGCCCGCCACGGACGCUGCUGCCUCCCCCACGCCGUUUAUAUUUAACUGACAAACUUGUACAUAACGAACUCUUUUGUAUAAAUGAAGCUAUUUUCUUCUUCUCCGAACAUAAAAAAGAAACCAGGGCACAAAGAAUUUGAUGUUACAGAUUUAAAAAUAUAAUAUAUAUGUAAACAUAUAUAUAUAUUUCACAUCAUUUUGAAAGGGGCACAAGGAAAGACUCAGCGACUUUUUUUUCUUUGUUUUUUUUUUUUCCCUGAUCUUGUCGGUGGUUUUAAAAAGGAACGUCUCGAAGACAUUGCAUGCCAUUUUACUGUUCUGAAAACAGCCGGAGUUGCUUCAAUUUGCAAAUGCUUAUGUGUUAAUACCUUUUUCUAUGAAAAAAAACCCAGCGCUGUGUGCAAUAAAGGUUAUGUUUAUA